CCUGGCCACACAGGGCUUCACCUAUGCCAGGACAGAAAGCGCCUUUAGAACUGCGCUAUGAUCCUUUCAAUCUUUCACGUAUCGCCGACGUGGCCUAAGCUUUUCCUUAUCGGAACGCGGAUACUCCAUUAGCGCAACCAUGAGAACUGGGGGAACAGCAUACGUGCAUUAUUUUUAACAUAACCAAUAUGGAAUGCUCAAUCGCUUAUAUAUCUAAUUUUGUUAUUCUCCAGAUUACUUAACCUUAUUAUGCGUCAUGCAGUCAACCGGCAAACUACUUCGAUCAUUAUAUACGUUUUCUCGGCAGUCCUUUCACCAUGGACAUCAAUAAUUGUUUCAUGGCCGCUAUGGGCACGCGAGAAAGUUUGAAAUCCGAUGUGCACGAUGAAUACUCGCUUAUCGUGACUUGCCACGAGACAGUGCACGUGCCGUUGCCUCCUGCUUACAUUGGUUCUGAGGGACGGGGAAUUAAAACGCUGUUGGAAAGCUGGAAAGGACAGUAUGUCGAGAGACUCCACGGUGUCCUCCUGGGAUACGAAAACCUCAAGUUCGUUGAAGCGAGCGGCACGAUUAUUGACGACCAGCCGUUUGUGCAUCAAGAUGUUGUCGGAGAUUUUCAAGUUUUUAGGCCAGAGACUGGUUCUAUAGUACGAGCUCACAUCAACAGAAUGAGUAAAAGCCAUGUGGGCUGCCUCGUGCAUAAUUGGAUCAACUUGUCCAUCCUGUUGCCCCCAAAUCCUUCUCCAGAGUUGUCACGAUACCUCAACAUGGGACAGGAAAUACUAUGCAAAAUAACGUCAGUGUCGGUGUACCGUCACAAUGCACUCAAACUUCGUGGCUCAAUCACAUCUGAAUGCCUCAAGCUAAUGGGAGACACCAUACCACUCAUACAGACAUCUUACGACGACGAGCUGGUGGAAUACGAGAGCAAUUUUGGAGAUGACUGGAACGAUAACUGUGGCUCUGAUGCAGAGGUCGAGGCACAGCAGGAACUGUGCUACCUGGAGCCUGAUGAAGACUUUUCUAUGAGGCCGCGGGGCCAGCUGCUGUCAGAAGGUGGCUCAUUAACCUCGAUGGAACCACCACAUCAGUCACCAGAAAAGCCAAAGAGGAAGAAGAAAAGUGUUGGUGAAGAGAAGCAGGCCAGUGUGCGUGCCAGUCAGUCGAGUGACACAGCAGUAAGCCAGGAUUCUGAGUUUUCAGCUCCUGCCCUUUCUGACUCUGGAAAAAUGAAAGCCAAGAAAAGAAAACGAAAAUGUGAUGAUGAUGGUGCCCCUACAGCUAAGAAGCGAAAAGAAGAGAAGAGAAAGGGAGAAAAAGAGGUGAACGAAAGGAAGAAAGAGAAGAGGCAAAAAAAGAAAGAAAAAUCGCUGAAGAUGGACACUGAAGACAAUGCCAGCAGUACCAUUUCGUAUUCCAGUGACCGUCUGUCAGCUUCUGAAAGUGCUUUCAUCGAAGACAUUAUCAAGAAGAAAAAGAAAAAGGAGAAAAUGCUAAAGGUGGAUAUUGAAAACAUUGGCAGUAGCACAGCCUCAUUCAGCAGCGAUCAUCACUCGGCUGCAGGAACACCUUCGAUCCAAGGUAUUGCUAAGAAGAAAAAGAAGACGCUGAAGAUGGAAGUUGAAGACAUUGCCAGUGGCACAGCUUCAAUUUGCAGUGAUCGUCUCUCAACUGCUGAAACAGCCUCCAUCCAAGACACUGCUGAGCCAGUUACCAUAGACCACAAAUUGACUGUGUCUCCAAAGAAGCAUAAAAAGAAGCACAAGAAGAGCAAGGUGGAAAAUGGUCCAUCAUAUGAUGCUGGCGUAGACUCGAUGUGUUCAGAUGUCAAUUUGAAGGUCAAAAAAAAGAAGAGAAAGGAAAAGAUGGAACACUGACAAUUUAGUCUAGAGAAUGUUGAUUUUUAGGGGCAAAUGAAUUGCUGCUCACAGCUAGACACCCCAAGAGGAGACUUGAGAAGUCCUGUUAUCAAGGCCAUUUUGAGCUCCUGCUAAUGGAUUGAAGCACAAUUUUAGGUUGCACUUUUGACAGAGUUCAGGCUACCCUGAAACAUGUCAUUGUAAAUUUCAUUGUUCAUCUCAUAAUAAAUUGCUUGUUUUAUUAUUUUUCUGUUAACUCAUCUGGACAGUCAUGGUUGUUUUAUUUUAUUCCAUCAGUAGCAUGCCCACUUUUUAUUGCAUUGCAUUGCUUUAUUUUUUGCUUUAAUGUUUGUGUUUUCACUAAGUGUGGUACAUCACUAGAUAUAUCAGUGUAAGCUCGAUGGGGCCCUAAAGAGGCAGAGACGGUACUCCGUUUUGACAUGUUCAUUUGAUCAUCAUAUAGGCAUUACUUACAAUCAUUGGAUGCAGUGAAUAAAGUGCAUUGUCAUUCUCGAACCAA